AUGUCUUCCACCAACAACAUCGCGUUCACUGCCCCGAUCAACCCUUCCUCCCCAGCCCUCACGCGCAAGCAGAUCUGGGCCGGACUACUCCUCAAGAUUCGUUCUGCUGAAACAUUUGUCCCAGCCGCUAUUCAAUCCACCACGGUCCUAAGUGAAUCAGUCGAUCCGGCAACCGGUAAUUCCGUCACUGUGCGGGAAGUACUUUUCCGCGAAACCCAGCGGAAAGUCCAGGAAACGGUUACAGCCUUUGAAGACUGUCGCGUGGAAUUUGCCCAGCCGGAUGGAAGCCGAGUCAGCAACGUUAUCAGUGAAGGCGCGAACGGCGAGUUAUUUAUGACCUAUAUCUUCGAGUGGAGGCAUCCUGGUGUCUCGAAGGAGGAAUUGGAAGCACUUCUUGAGAAGGAGAAGAAAAUGAGUCAGAUGGCGGUUGAAGGCACUAUCAAAGUUCUGAGGGAAUUGGUCCAACAGGGUAAGCUUUGA